GUUUCUGGGUAGCUUGACACGUGGUCAGUGCACGUCCUUCGCCCUCUGAGGAAGCUAGCUGUUAGCUAUCAGUGUGAAGAAGUCCACAAGGAUAACAAACGUCCGUGUACAGUGUGAGCCGCCGUUGCUCUUGCGCCUCUAUUCAAGUCAUUGCGGUACUUCUGAUGCGCCGCAACCAAGAAGCCAAUCUGAGGGCGUCUAACGCGUCACGUGCUUUGCGCGUUAAGGAUGCCAGAUGUGCUGGUCCAUGGGUGUGAGCCGACUGGAUGUAUUUUACAGAAGGCUGCUCCUCACCAAACUCUUCAUUGGGGGAUGGGGGAAGCCUGAAGACCUCAAGAGAAUCUUUGAGUUCCGUAAGAUCAUUGGAGACCGAGAGAGGUGCAGGUCUCUGGUGCCUGAAGACUACCCAGUUCACAUUAACAAGACAGAGGAGCACAUUGACUGUCACAUCCACGAUGGGUUCUUCAUCUCUCCUCUGGAGCACUUGGUUCCUGGAAUCCUGCCAGCAGAGGCUGUCAAAGCCAGGUUCCAGUUCAUAGUUCCCAAGAGGUGGCAGAAGAACAGACCAGUAUGCAUCCACUUGGCAGGGACCGGAGACCAUUUUUUCUGGCGUCGGCGGACCCUGAUGGCCAGGCCCAUGGUCAAAGAGGCAGGAAUGGCUUCACUGCUUCUGGAGAACCCUUAUUAUGGCUCCCGUAAACCCAAAGACCAACUGCGCUCCAGUCUAAAGAAUGUGUCCGACCUGUUUGUGAUGGGCGGGGCUUUGAUCCUGGAGUCAACAGUACUUCUCCGGUGGCUGGAGAGCGAAGGUUACUGGCCACUAGGAAUGACUGGGAUCUCCAUGGGAGGAUAUAUGGCAUCCCUGGCAGUCACCAACUGGCCGAAGCCCAUCCCUCUGAUUCCCUGUUUGUCCUGGUCCACUGCCUCUAGUGUCUUCACCACGGGAGUGUUGAGCAAAGCAGUGAACUGGAAAGAGCUGGAGAAGCAGUAUGCCAUUGACUCUGUGUAUGAAGAAGAGAUCAUCAAGCUGUUGGACUACUGUGGGGCUGAUUCCUUUAAGAUGGGUCCAUAUUUUUCCAAGAAUGUGGACUCGUUGGAGCAUCUGUUGGGCCUGUCUGGAGAUGUCAGAGCAUCAGUGGGUCAGAGCUCCAAAGCUGGAGGGCAAGCAGAGGCUGGACCAGGCCUGUUGAUUGGUGCAGGCCCUGAAGGGGGCGAGGCAAGAGCAGACCAAUUGUUUUCAUCUGGGAACACCGGUGGGAGGAGCUUGGGCACACCAAGAAGCCUUCAUGCAAACAGCACACUGCAUGGGAAGAAGACGGAUUUAGCCAAAUGCUAUCGGCCAUCCUUACAUAGAGAAUCCAUAAGCUUCAUGAAGGCAGUGAUGGACGAAUGCACACACAUGGCCAACUUUUCUGUCCCCGUAGACACCAGUCUCAUUAUCGUGGUCCAGGCCAAAGAGGAUGCCUACGUCCCUCGUACAGGAGUCCUCAGUCUGCAAGAGAUCUGGCCAGGAUGUGAAGUCAGAUAUCUGAAUGGAGGACACAUCAGUGCAUACCUGUUUAAACAAAACGUCUUCAGACGCGCCAUAUACGAUACGUUCGACAGAUUCUGCCUGAAGUAUCCCAACAUGCACUAGCCAUGCCAGGCGGAAGCCCUUUCCUCCAUUGAACAGCACCGGGAUCAGUGGCUGGACAUUCCUGUCCCUAAACAAGAAGCUUUGCUCUCUAAUUAUUAUAUCAGAUAAUUCUAGAAAACCUUUUUAAACUUUAAGCCCUCUUUUCACCUAAACAUGUGUCUCUUUAGCUGCUAGGCGUUCUUCUCUCUGUGCCUCUCUGCUGUGUACAGUUAGCUUUUUCACUGAGACUCAAGCCUGCUGUGGCUGGAUACAAGCUUGAUAGGAGCAGUGAGACGAAGCCAAACAGUAAAGUUUGGCUUCGUCUCUAAUUGCACACAAUUAGAGACGAAGCCAAGUAGUAUUUCUAAUGUAUUUUAAAGAAAAGUCAGUAGAGACCUGAGUUAUUUGUUAUUCACAGACUGCUAUGACAGAAGUGAUGACGAAUAAUGUUUUUUCUCCUGUGUGGCCUCAUGAUAGUGAUGAAGUCUCACUGUUACUAUGAAUAAAUGCAGUGAUG